AUGCCUGGUGUGCCUCAUCAGACCGCAGACGGCGCCUCCGAGGAAGACGAGCGCGCCCCGUUGAUAUCUAGAGCACCACCGCCGGAAAACGUACCACCACCUAUCUUCGCCGAGGGUGGGCGUAGGGGCUGGCUCAGCGUCCUGGGCGCCUUCGGCGUACAAUUCUCCACGUUCGGCUACGCAACCUCCUACGGGCGUCUACGAGCCUGGAUCGGGUCCAUCCAGACCUGGGCCUUGUUGUCCACCAGCAUCGUCAGCGGGCCACUUGCCGACCGGUUCGGCCUGCAGGUAGUUCUGUGGCCAGGCACGGCCGUCUACGUCCUCGCCGUGCUGAUGGUCAGCUUCUGCGCCGAGUACUGGCAUUUCCUCCUCUGCCAGGGCUUACUGCUGGGGAUCUCCGCAGGUAUGAUCUUUACUGACGCGGGCCGCCGCUCUGGCCCGUUGAUCUUGCUGUCGGCAUUCAGGAUCCCCGUGUACACGCUGCAGGUGUGCGCCAUGGUGUUCCUGUUCCUCUCCGUGUUUACUACUUAUGUCUUUGUCGCUGAAUAUGGCGUCCGCAAUGGCAUGCCCAAGGAGCUGGCCACGUAUAUGUUUGCCAUCAUGAACGCGGGUUCUUUGAUCAGUCGGACGUUGGGAGGAUCUGCGUCUCUGUGCCUAGGACCGUUCAACGUUAUGGUCCUCGCGGCGUUCCUGGCUGCCAUAUCGCUGUUUUCGUGGCUUGGUAUUACCUCAGUGCCGGCACUGGUUGUUUUUGCCGCUGCUUAUGGGGCCUUGUCCGGGGUGCUUAUAGGGAUCAUGAUUGCUACAUUGGGCCAUUCUGCGCCUCAUCCUAGUCAGAUUGCGACUGUUGUCGGCAUGGCCUCGGGCAUCAUGGGUACUGCUGCGUUGACUGGAACGCCCAUUGCCGGUGCACUCAUCACAUCAGAUGGCGAUUACAGUCGUGCCAUCCUAUUCAGCGCCACGGCCAUGACGAUUGGAGCGUUCUUGUUCCUCGCCGCACGUCUCGCUCAGAGCAGGAAGCAACUGAUCGUAUAA